AUGAAGGCACUGGAGCAGCAGAUCCUUCUCGCUCUUUCUAUGACACGAACUCAAGUCCCUAUGCUCGAAGCGAAGCAUUUACAGAUUUGGAGUGCUGGAAAAGUCUAUCUAUGCGUUUUGGUUCUCCUCGUUGGUUUGCAGUCUAGCAGCCGCAGUGAACAGUCUCCUCGGUCUCCCCUGGAAGCAAACUAUGUAGGCACUUCCUUCACAGUCAAUCAGAAGAAGGCUCAAACACAGUCCAAUGCAAGACUCGUUGAUUAUUCGACAUGUUUCGCGCUGUUCACCAAUCUCAUGGCAUCUCUGGCAAACGUCACGGCACCUCAGCAGGAUGUCUACUUGCCGCACAAGCACGGAAGAACAACGCACUUCUAUUACCUCCCGUCCUCCUUCUUGGAGGCAAUAACAUUUGGUCAGUUCAAGAGACCGGACGUGAAGCUUCUUACCCAGUCAGCUAAUUACCGGCUCAACACUGAAUUGUACACCACACUGCUCGGACGCUUGGCAAAUGUUCGGGAAGGCCUGGCGAGUCUGGGGAUGUUCUUAUUCCAUAAGCGUUACAAGUGA